AGUUACUCCAAUUCCAAAGGACCUUGGUGCAAACAAGAGGAAAAGGUUUCACGAAAUAUGUAGUGAAUUAGAUAAAAAUGAUUUGGAGAAAUCGACUAAAAAGAAAACGUCUGGUCCAAAAAUUGGUAAUAAACGCCAGCAAAAAAUUGUCAAAGAAACAAAGAAACAUGUUUUCUUUACUUGGUGGCACAAAAAAAAAUUUUGAAGGAUCAUUUGGUACUACUGGUUCUUUAGGAGGAAAAAGAAAAAUUACUUUAAAAGAAAACGUAGAUUAUACUUUGGAGACAUUGACAGAAGAAAUUUUGAAGCAAUAUGUCGAUAAAGACAAUAAACAUUUAUUUGAAACAUCGUUUGUUUACCUUGCCACAAAUCAAGAACAAUUUAUCUCAAAAUUCGUGAACAAGGAAGGACACGAAUGCAAAUUUUGGGAAUAUUAUUAUGAUACACUUAAGAAGCCAUCUAAUGAAUAUAAUUAUCUAAUUUUGAAAUUCAUGAACUUAUCGGCUUUUCAGAUAAGAAAAUAACUUCUCCGACUUAAGCGAUUUAAAAUUUACAGAUAAUAUAAAG